GAAAAAGAUAGUGCGAAUGUUCACAUUAGUGCAGGUGAAAGAAGCAUGGGGCACAAGAGCACGGCAACAGGAAGGAAGGUGCAGAGGUGCAUUUGUGUUUUGCCACAGUUGCUCAUAAGACGAGGCACCGCCCCGCUGGAGACGCGCCGUCGCACGUAUUAAUCAUCCAUCCCUGCACUGAGGCGGACGAGGCGGCCGAGCUCCUGUUGACGGGAUUCAAUAAUGAGAAGGAUCAAAUCCAGAACCAUCUUGUUGGUGGUAACCUUUGGUCUGCUGGUCCUCUAUAUUUGUAAAGAUUUGAGUGACCACAAAACGAAUUUCCUCCAAAUAAAUGUGGGUGAGGAGGACAGUCAAGCAAGGCAGGCCACCACAAAGACAUCCUAUGUAUACUCCUGGCCGAGGUGUCAACAAAAUGUGUCUGCUGCCAAUGUGACAGGCUUCAGCUCUCUUCCUGGUAAUAUACAAAACUUCCUCUACUUUCAACACUGUCGACAUUUCCCCAUGCUACUGGACCUUCCCGACAAAUGCGGAGGAGCAGAUCAAUCUGCAGAAGUCUUCCUCCUACUGGUCAUUAAAAGCGCCCCUGAGAACUACGAUCGCCGAGAAGUACUGCGCAAAACCUGGGCUAAAGGGAGGUUACAAAACGGUGUGUGGAUCCAGAGGAUCUUCAUCUCAGGAACAGCAAGUUCUGGUUUUGAAAAAGAGAGACAGAACAAACUCCUUGAACUGGAGCAACGUGAGUACAAUGACAUUCUCCAAUGGGACUUUCAAGACUCCUUCUACAACCUCACCUUGAAGCAGAUACUCUUCCUCGAGUGGAUGGAAAGAAACUGUCCCAACGCUCGCUUCUUGCUAAACGGUGACGAUGAUGUUUUUGCAAACACAGACAACAUGGUCGAGUUUCUCCAAGGCCUCAAGGACAAUGAUGGAAGCAAGCACCUCUUUACCGGCCAUUUGAUCCAGUACGUUGGGCCCAUUAGAUCAUCCGGGAGCAAGUAUUUUGUCCCAGUUCAAGUACAGGAGUCAGAGGCGUAUCCGCCUUAUUGUGGUGGUGGGGGCUUCCUUCUGUCUGGCUAUACAGCUAUGGUCAUCUACAACAUGUCCCACUCCAUCCCCUUCCUUCCUAUUGAUGACGUUUACAUGGGGAUGUGUCUGGCCAAGGCAGGACUAGGUCCUGUUCACCAUAUAGGUGUGAGGACUGCAGGGAUGCACAUUCCCUCCAACAAACUAGAUUAUUAUGACCCUUGCUUUUACAGAGAGAUUUUAUUGGUACACAGAUUCCUUCCAGCUAACAUGUAUCUAAUGUGGCAAAGACUACAUGACCCCUAUCUGAAAUGCAAACACAAGCAGAUACCCCUGUGAUAGCAUCAGGGCGGAACAUGCAGGUGUCAUCAAACUGGCUGUUGAUGGCUGGUCUAUGGCACGUGGUCUAAUGAUACGGCUGCAGGUUUCACUUAAACUAGAAAAAUGAAUCCCACCCUACCCAAAGGUCAUUUUGUGCUCUUAUUUGCAUUUAUUUUUAUUUUGUUCACAUACAGGAGGUUAUGCCCAUUACAUUUGUAGGUUGUCUGGCCCUGACUGUAAAGAGUUGGGAAGGUGUAGAACAUGUCUUGUCAUACAAAAUAUGAAGAAACAUACUUUGGGUUACGUUAUACUAAUAUUGUUGCAAUUGGUUUGUCCAGUCAUAAUUACCGUAAAAAGCAGUUUCUGGCACAGUAUUUAGUUUAGUUUAGUUUUAGUUUUAGUAGAUACUUUAUUUAUCCCGAGGGAAAUUCAGGCAUCCAGCAGCAUUUACUAGCAUAUAUACAUUAAACAUACAUCAAUCCUACAUAAAAUAAAAAUACAAAAUUUAAUUAAAUAUUCAACUAACUAUAAAAACUAGCUUAUUACUACAGUGCAAAACGUGAAAAUGUGCAAACGAAGGUUGAAAUAAAUUGUCCUUUCCUAUUGUCCUCCCUGCCUCUACUAGGAGCUGUUGUACAGUCUUAUGGCCAGGGGGAGGAAAGAGUUUUUCAGUCUGUUGGUGGAGCUGUUUUGAUUGAAGAUCACAGAUUGCGUCAUUGAAUCUGUGGGUGGAUUUUUCUUUAAAUGAUUAUUGCAUGUGGGAGAGUGCUUUUAAAUUUUUUUUUUAUAAAAUAUCUGUCCACUUGGUCAGUGUGAUAGUUUUUUAACUAGGGCUGGGUUUUGAUCCAUGAUACCGACUCAUAGACUGUAUAUAAAAAUAUACAUGGACGUAGACUGUUAGACUAUUGCUAUUAUGUUAUGUUAUCUUGAGUUUAAAAUCAUAUAUGUGAUAUUUAUUUAUCCUUCGAUGUAGGCUGUUAUCUAUCUGUUAGAGCAAUAUGUUCAGUGACAUUUUAGAUCAAUCAUAGUCAAUCACUGUUACAGUAACAUAUUAAAAAGUUGUUUUGCCAGAUUUGUCAGAUACAACAAGGUAAUCCAAGUAAUAACGAAGCCAGUGGAUCUGCACAAAGGACUCAAGUUUAAGGAUUUGUCGAUGAAAAAAGUUUAUUGCACUGACUUUUUAAAAAAAAAUGAAUCUAUUGAAUUAACAAUGAACUUGUGAAUCUUUGUGACAAAUGAUGUGAUUGUAGAGCUAAAUGUGCUAUGUGAAUAACAACGCUGAAUAAAAAUCCAAAUAAUCAUUAGAAUGACGAAUGUGUAAUGUUAACAUGUACAUUUAUUUAUUUGACAGCAGCUUUUGUCCAAAGCAAUGCACCAAUGAGGUUUAAUCCAAAAGAAGUGCCACACGGUUGUAGGGGGCAUAAAGUAACAUAGGCAAGUGAUGAAGAAAUUAUUUUUGAAGAGACAGAGAGACCAAGGCAGAAAGGAGAAAAGCAUGAGCAUGUGCUCACAUAAUAUGCUUACAUGGUAUAAUAAUGAUAAACAUUUAUGUUCUUGCUUUUUAAAGCACUGUGAAUUUGUCUUGUGUCUAACUGGUGCAAUACAAAUAAAACUUGCCUUAUUGAUUGUAACUGUUGUUGUUUUUUGAAGGCAUUUACUUUGUGAAAUGUGCCUCAUAAAUAAGUUUGUAUUGAAAUCCAAGUUGACUUCACAAUAAACAAUAUUACUGACCGUU